CAGGAACACCAGAACGCCGUCUCGCGACCGGCUGCGGCGACUACAGAUCGACAGCGCUCAGAGAUUGGGCGAUUAGCGAUCACGAGCGCCGCAUCCCAUUGCCACCACUUGUCCACAUCUCCACUCAGGCCCGCUCCCAGACCGCUCCAAUCAAAGGGGCGCAGCUCAGCCCCCACCGUCGCUGCCAUCACACCUGGCAGCAUUCGAGCCAAGACCGUUCGUUGCCGCCAUCGUCAACAAAGGACGCUCACGCCAUCCCAUCCACGUCCGCUAGUGGCGUUGCCAACCCACGCCCUCGUCGCUCCCGGGUCAGUGAGGCACCAGUGCGGCAAGGCACUCGCCUGAUAGCAAUCGGUCUUCCCCUGAAGACCGUCUACAACGAACGUACAACUCAGUUGCAGCAGCUCGCUCCAACAACAGCCGUCGGCCAGCCCUCCCCCACCUCACCCCUCAUCGCAACGCAUAGAUCUCUCGCCCAGCAUGAGCUCUCCAAAACGUAGGAUCGAGACGGACAUGAUGAAGCUCCUGAUGUCGGACCACGAGGUGACGCUCAUCAACGACUCGAUGCAGGAGUUCUACGUGCGAUUCGUCGGGCCGUCAGAAACUCCCUUCGCUGGCGGCACAUGGAAGAUCCACGUCGAGUUACAAGAUCAAUACCCGUACAAGUCGCCCUCCAUUGGCUUCAUGAACAAGAUUUUCCACCCCAACAUCGAUGAAACGAGCGGUUCCGUCUGCCUCGACGUCAUCAACCAGACUUGGUCGCCCAUGUUCGACUUGGUCAAUGUAUUUGAAGUCUUCCUCCCGCAGCUGCUUCGCUACCCAAAUCCUACUGACCCGCUGAAUGGUGACGCGGCGGCCUUGUUGAUGAGGGAUCCCAAGGGGUAUGAAGGCAAGGUCAAGGAUUACGUGAGGAGAUUUGCCAGCGGAGGGGCAGCAGCGGAAGCCAGUAAUGGAGAUGGUGAGAAGAAGGAGAGGGAGAAUGGGGACGACGAUAGCGAUGAGGAAGAGGAGGAGAUGAGUGACGCAGGCAGCUUCGAGGCGGAUGAGGCGGCGGACAUGGAGCUGUAGAAGAGGGCGCCGACGAGGAGCCUAGCGAUUGGAAGCGGACAGUCGAUGGGGCUCACAUUACAUUGUGCUUGUCAUCUAUCCCUCUACUUGCAGCAUGUUUCUCUUCUCCCAGUCGAUUCUCGUUCUCUCAAUGUCCAUGACCAUCAUCACAGC